AUGAAGCUAUCUCAAGUUUCACUUCUCCUCACCUGUGCAACUGCUGUACAGGCUGCACCAGGAUUCCAUUCAAACUUGAAAAGAGAAAACUCGACCUCAAAUGCCAUGAUGCAACUCAGUGCCGACCCCGACUUCCACUAUGAGCUUCUGCGCGUCAUAUCAUUAGCACCCUACCAAGGCGCUGAUGUUGGAGAAGUCCUCGUUGCCGCCCAAAAGAUAAAACCCAAGGACUUUGAAAGCUUCUACAACGUAUUCAAUGACCUCGCCACCCGUGUCGACAGUACUGCCCGCGCAAUCGACGUUCGCAAGAACCCGAUAUCUGCCCGCCAACACUUCUUCAAGGCCGCAACGUACUAUCGCUCUGCCGACUUCUUCCUCCACGGCAAUUGGAGCGACCCGCGCAUCUACAGUCUCUGGGACAGACACCUCGCGGCCUUCAACUCGGCCAUUGCCCUUCUUGCCGUGCCAGGACAGCGUGUGAACCUCCGUGCCAAGAACGACAACUUUACAAUUCCGGCCAUCUUCUACGGCAGUGGCAUGCCCGGGCCCCGCCCAACAGUUAUCCUCGGCAACGGGUAUGACGGCGCCCAGGAGGAAAUGUACCACGUCAUCGGACAGGCUGCCCUCGAGCGAGGAAUGAACGUACUUAGCUACGAAGGGCCUGGGCAGCCGACGGUCCGCCGGGAACAGAAUCUCGGCUUCAUCCCGGACUGGGAAAGGGUCGUCACUCCCGUCAUCGACUACCUGCUCACACGCCCAGAAGUGGACUCGCGAGCCAUCGGCCUCCUGGGCUACUCACUCGGUGGUUAUCUAGCGCCGCGAGCAGCCGCGUUCGACCACCGCCUCGCGGCCGUGUUCGCCGUCGACGGCGUCUACGACUACGGCGCGGCAAAUCUGGACAUGUACCCCGAGAGUCUGAGGGCGAUAUUCCGCUCUGGCAACGCGACCCUCUUCAACGAGUACGUCGAGCAGGGCCUGGCCGAUCCGGCUGCAAAGACAGCCGCUAUCUGGGGUAUCCAGCAGGGCUUGUGGUCGUUUAAUGCCCAGACGCCAUUUGAGUGGAUGACCAAGGUGGAAGACUUCAACCUGGCGAGCGUGGUGCACAAUAUCACGGCACCGGUGUUUGUUGCACAGGCCGAACAGGAUGAUGUGAUUCCCGGGCAGAGCAAGAUCCUCGCCGAGAAGCUGGGCAAGUUGGCUACACACCAUGUUUUCGAGAGCGUCGAUGGUGCCGCGUACCACUGUUCUGUUGGUGCAAGUGUAUUGCAGAACCACGUACUGCUGGAUUGGUUUGAGGGCGUGUUGGAACAGCGCAAGUAG